UUGCACUUUUAACCACAUAAAUUCCACUGAAUAUUUAAGAAAACGUUCGCCAAAAGGACUAUAAAAAGACUCCUCACCCCGCUACUUUUGUUGCAACUACCAAAAUGUCCUUGGACCUUGACUCGCCGUCGACGACCAACCGAGACUGGAUUUUCCCUUCACAAUCAUUCAACCUUCCCCGAACUCCGGCCCGGAGAUUCUCUUCGCCUUAUCCUCGAACGACGUCGUUUCAGAACUCUCUUUCUCAUCCUCCUUCAAACUCUACUCCUCCCGCAGUCCCCCGAACUCUACGACGCCGUAUUAGUCACCGGCACCGGAUUGUGGAACGGGAGGGUUCUGUUGAUGCUGUUACAGAUGGAAAGUCAAACGACUUCGCCGUCCAGUCAGGAGAGUGUCCAAGCUCGGGGAACAAAACGACAUCGGUUGAUAAGAAAUUUACCAGUUUCUUUCGCCGUUUCACUGUUAGUCGGCAGGCGGCUUGCAUUAUUGCAAUACUGGUGACGUGCUUUACAUGUCUUGUACACAAAAACUUUUCUUUACACAAUCAAGUUAAUGAUUUGCAGGAUGAACUUUCAAAGCUCAAUAUCAGACUGAGACGCUGCAACAUUUCAGAUUCUAUUGACAUUAUUGACUCGUUAUCAGAACAUAAUGUUUCCGGUGCAAGUUUGAAAAAUACAGCAUUGAUUCUCUCAUUCAUGAUGUUGUCCCUUCCUCUUGCUUUUAUUAAAUAUAUGGGGUAUAUCUCCUAUAUCAGAAGACCGUCGGACAGUAACACAGAGGAAUUAUCUCUGAACAAGCAGCUAGCAUAUCGCGUAGAUGUAUUCUUAUCAUUUCAUCCUUAUGCUAAACCACUGACCUUGUUAGUUGCCACUCUGCUCCUUAUUUGUCUUGGUGGCUUAGCACUUUUUGGCGUGACAGAUGAUAGCAUAGCAGACUGCCUUUGGUUAUCAUGGACGUAUGUUGCAGAUUCAGGAAAUCAUACUAAUUCUGAAGGCAUUGGUCCACGCCUAGUGUCAGUUUCUGUUAGUUUCGGUGGAAUGCUGAUAUUUGCCAUGAUGCUCGGACUAGUUUCUGAUGCAAUAUCUGAGAAAUUUGACUCACUCAGGAAGGGAAGAAGUGAAGUAGUUGAGCAGAACCACACACUUAUACUUGGUUGGAGUGAUAAACUGGGAUCAUUAUUGAAUCAACUCGCGAUAGCUAAUGAGAGUUUGGGGGGAGGAACUGUUGUAGUCAUGGCUGAGCGAGAUAAAGAAGAAAUGGAACUUGAUAUUGCUAAAAUGGAGUUUGAUUUUAGAGGAACUUCUGUCAUAUGCAGAAGUGGAAGCCCCUUGAUUUUGGCUGACCUGAAAAAGGUAUCUGUCUCUAAGGCUCGUGCAAUAGUUGUCCUUGCUGAAGAUGGGAACGCUGACCAGAGUGAUGCCCGUGCUCUGAGGACAGUUUUAAGCCUUACGGGAGUAAAGGAGGGACUUCGGGGCCACCUAGUGGUUGAACUCGGUGAUCUUGAUAAUGAGGUCCUUGUGAAACUUGUUGGGGGGGAUCUUGUUGAAACUGUGGUAGCUCAUGAUGUAAUUGGGCGCUUAAUGAUUCAAUGUGCUCGACAGCCAGGUCUUGCGCAGAUAUGGGAAGACAUCCUUGGAUUUGAGAAUUGUGAGUUCUACAUCAAGAAAUGGCCACAGUUGCAUGGCAUGCAAUUUGAAGAAGUCCUAAUCAGCUUUCCUGAUGCUAUUCCUUGUGGAAUCAAGGUGGCAUCAUCAGGUGGGAAAAUAAUACUGAAUCCUGAUGAUUCAUAUGUGCUGCAAGAAGGGGAUGAGGUCCUUGUUAUUGCUGAGGAUGAUGACUCAUAUGCUCCAGCAGCACUGCCUAUGGUCAAAGAAGCAUCUUUGAUGCACAUUGUCCGACCAACAAGAAAGCCACAGAAGAUUCUACUAACUGGAUGGAGACGAGACAUUGAUGAUAUGAUUGUGGUAUUGGAUGCCUUCUUAGCACAUGGUUCAGAGUUGUGGAUGUUCAAUGAAGUCUCCGAGAAGGAAAGAGAAAAGAAGCUAACAGAUGGUGGCCUGGAUAUUAGCCGGCUGGCAAACAUAAUACUGGUAAACCGUGAGGGUAAUGCUGUUAUACGACGCCAUCUAGAAAGUCUUCCCUUGGAAUCAUUUGACUCGAUCUUAAUUUUGGCUGAUGAAUCAGUGGAAGAUUCCGCAAUUCAGGCUGAUUCCAGAUCACUUGCCACAUUACUGUUAAUACGUGAUAUUCAGGCCAAACGCCUCCCAUACAGAGAAUCUAUGGUUUCCAAAAUUCACGGGGGUAGCUCCUCCCAGGGCUCCUGGAGAGAGGAGAUGCAGCAGGCUUCAGAUAAGUCAGUUAUAAUCAGUGAAAUUUUGGACCCGAGGACUAAAAACCUCUUGUCUAUGUCAAAGAUAAGUGACUAUGUUUUGUCAAAUGAGCUUGUUAGCAUGGCAUUGGCCAUGGUGGCAGAGGAUCGUCAAAUAAAUGAUGUAUUGGAAGAGCUGUUUGCUGAAGAGGGAAAUGAGAUGCAAAUAAGAGGAGCAGCCCUAUACCUUUGUGACAGUGAGGAGUUGAGUUUUUAUGAAGUGCUCCUGCGUGCACGGCAAAGGAGAGAGAUUGUGAUUGGUUACCGUCUUGCUAAUGCAGACAAAGCAGUCAUCAACCCCCCGGCAAAAACAGAGAGAAGAAAAUGGUCAGUUAAGGAUGUUUUUGUUGUUAUAGCUGACAAGGAAUGAAAUAUAUGUCAAUGGCAAAAUCCUUCCAGCCAACCUGAAUUUCUCGUGCAUCACUGGUAAUGCAAGAUGCCGUAAGAUAUUGUCAGUCUCAUCUCAAGUCUCUUGUUCAAAUAAAUGAGCUGUGGAUGAAGAUGAAAGAGCACCUCACAUGACAUUUUGAUUCAGGAACCAUAGCAUGAUACAAGCAACCAAUUUUUUGCCUCAUCAACUCUUCACUUAGUAAAUACUAGGAUAAUGGACUGAACAAAUUUGCUGACGGAUUUCUCUAAAUGGCAUACAUGGUAGAAUAUUUUCUCUCAUGGAAAUGUGUAUAAUGUCAUUUUAAGGAUUCAACUAUGUUGUAUAUCAACCCUACUAUGUGUUCUAAAACAACAGUGUUGGCAAAACCAAUUAUGUUUAAAGGUCCUGUAAUGCAGAAAAACAUUGAUUGUAUCAUUUCUUGGGCCA